AUGGGUGUUGAAAAGACACCAAAAGAGAAUGAAAGGAGUGAUGCUAUUUCACCCAAGGUGGCGGAUGUUCUUGAGAAGGUGAUGUCAGCCGAGUCCGGUCUAAGCCAAUACUGGUCUGCCCUGCUGAGUAACCUGUACCGACAGAACAGCUUCUGCUCCUACCCAGACUCCACUUAUUCCAGGAGAGAUUCGGAACAGUCGGACUCCAGCCCCCAGUACAGUCACCAACUGACUCCCAGUGAGAAGUUCAACUACCGCAGAGAAGAGACUGACAGUUCAAACCUGCCCAACCCGGACUCCAAGUUUCACAAGGACGAGGAGGAGCAAGUCAGGAAACCAGACCACCCCUCAUUCCACAGCAAGUAUAAGGCGGCAGACAUUGAGCACCCUGCUCCAACCUCAUUCUAUGGCAAUGCUCAUCCUUCAGAGGAGAACCAAGUGACAGAGGAGCCACCUUACCCCAGGAAGGACGAGUCAGGAAGCCCUGUGUACAAGAAACAUUCUGAAGCUAAUCCAGAUGGACCUUCAUUGACAAGGGACGCUGAGAGCAGAGAGGGGGAAUCGGUGCUCAAUGGGUCAUUCUUCCCGGAACAGGAGGAAGGGGCCCAGAACACAUCUCAACUGAACAGCUCCUUUAAUGACUCUUACCAUUCAGAUGAAGACAGUUCUACCGAAGGGCUCAGGUCAGGCUUGAAUGAGUCCAACUCUGAGCAUCUCCUACCAGAAGACUACAAGAACUAUUCCUUCCAGGGAAUUACCUCCACCCCCUUAGCUUCCCCUGGUUACCUUGGAAACCGACGAUUCUCACUGCCAUCCACGCCCAGGUCUAUAGACCCCUCCUCCCCAACAUUCAACUCAUACUCUAAACACACAGGACUCUACUUCUGUCAUCUUUGCAGCUUCUCAGCAAAAUGCAAAGAUGACUUUGAUGCUCAUAUGAGCAUUCACUUUGAGUACAGUUGCCCACACUGUGACUACACUUCUCGUACUGAGGGUAGACUCAAACGACAUAUCAAAGACUUCCACUCCAGUGAUUCAGACGGCUUUGGAACUGCUAAGAUGCAGAGGAUGCAGCCUGGCAGACCUAAAGUGUAUCGGUGCAAGCAGUGCAGCUUUGCUUCUACUACCAAGGUGGACUUCUGGCAACACUCCCGCAGCCACAUCAAGGAGGAGAAGCUGCUGCAGUGCCCACGAUGUCCCUUUGUCACAGAGUACAAGCAUCAUCUGGAAUAUCAUCUUCGUAAUCAUUUUGGGUCCAAGCCAUUCAAAUGCAACAAAUGUAAUUAUUCAUGUGUCAACAAAUCCAUGCUCAAUAGCCACAUGAAAUCCCACACAAAUGUGUAUCAGUACCGUUGUGCAGACUGCACCUAUGCCACCAAGUAUUGCCAUAGUCUCAAACUCCACCUCAAGAAGUAUAACCACAAGCCUGCAGCAGUAUUAAAUGCAGAUGGGAGCUUGCCUCAAGGACUGGAACCGGAAACCUCUGGUUUAUCACUUCUUGCAAAGAGAGGCCCACCAAGAGGACCACGAGGACCUAGAAAGGACAAGAUGGACCAGUACAUGAGUCCAUUAUUCCACCUACCUCAAUCCUCUAUGCCAGGCAUGCAUCCAGGGUUGAACAGUAGCCUCAUGGCUCCCUACUGGCCACUGCUGAAUGGUAUGCAACCACCCCCACCUCUCAUACCUGUCAACAACAUGCCUGGGCAGAUGAGACCUCCACAACCACAGUCAUCAUCCCCAGGAAAACUCGGCAAAGGUGAGCUUGGCUCUACAAAGUGCAAUUUGUGCAGUUUCAAGGCAGAUUCACCAGAAGGUCUCCAUGCCCAUGUGUUGAAGGUUCAUGCUGCCGGGGAAAACCAAGACCUCUUCAGCAUGUUUGGAAUUUCUUCAGAAGCUCUGUUGGAUGAACAAAAUCUCAAGGCUCACCUUGCUCGCCAACGGUCUUUGACAAAACCAGAUGGAGAAGUCACUCCUAAGUCAAGGCACAAUACCAUGCUCCAUGUCCACACUGACCAAGGCAGUACCCCCAGCAAAACCAGUCCUCAUUCAUGGCCUGCUAACCAACUUGGUGGUCAACCACAUCAUCGAAACAGCAGUCACAGCCUUCCUGAGCUGUCAUAUUCCUCCAGAAAUCGACAGGACUCAACAUCUCCUCAAGAGCCUGUAGAAGGUGCUGAUAUUCUUAAACAGAUGACCUUGAAGUUUGGUGGUGGUGGCGGUGGUGGUAGUGCUGUAACUCCAAGGAUACGCAAAGAGUCCCCACUCGAUCUCACAAAACCAAAAUCAGUCUCCCCACCAGCCUACUCACCUUUGAGUGGUAUGCAUCCUAUUAUGCCCCAUGACAUGCCUCUGAUGCCAGUCAAGAGACCAUUCCAAGAAGUUGAUGUUCCUUCAAGUAAUGACUCCACAGAGAAUGCUGUACCUAGUCCUAGGAAGAGGUCUCGUAAGGGCAAAGCAUACAAAUUAGACACUUUGUGUCUCAAACUCCAGGAGAAGCAGUCUGGUUCUCCCUAUGAUAGUGAAAGUGAAGAAUCUAGCAGUGAAGUUCCUCCACAAGAAUAUGUUACUGAAACCAGAACACAAUCAGUUGAUGGUAGCCCAAAUGGUAGAGGAGAAAGUCCAGGCUCACUGAAGGGUGAAAGAGGAAAAUAUUCACCUCCACACAAAGGUGAUGACGACAUGGCAAAUGGUCUUAGAUCCAGCCCAAUUACACAUAAAAAUGACUUUGAACAAAUCCAUGAAAAUUUGAAAAUACUUAACAGAGGGAUAAAGCCAGAACCCCAGAGUCCCAAUGGAGACAGCCACAGUAAUUUUGAGAAUAAUGAUCAAAGGGAUGCUCCAAGCCCGACCAAUGAUGCGAGCAGCUGCCGAUGUACCAAUGAUCAGGAAGGCAAGCCCCACAUGGUUUCUGACUACAUGAAUCAUCAGAAACCACCAAUGACAUCUGCAUUGAGACGUGGAGCAGAACUGGCAUGGAAGAUCCUACAGGACUCUGGACCAGACGGUGCCCCUGUGCAGAAUGGGGAAAUUGUGUUAGAGAACCCUCGAAAUGGACUGCAUCCACUGGACACAGACAAGUCACUAACUCUUCCAAGUGAACUGUCCCUAAAUGCUCUCAACCACAGCAAGACAAAGCCCUUCCGUGGUGCUGACAGUUUUGAGUGUCACUACUGUGAGAUAGCAUUCCGGGACUGUGUCAUGUAUACCAUGCACAUGGGUUACCAUGGUUACCAAGAUCCUUACAAGUGCAACAUGUGCGGCCACUGCAGUAAGGACAAGGUGGAGUUCUUCCUCCACAUUGCACGGGCUGCACACAACUAAACUGUUAAGCACUGUCUGUUAUGGCUUGCUUUUAGUAUGUCUAUCAUAAUAUGCUUUACACGCCAUGUUCAUCCUGUGAUUCUGCAAUGGACUUGUAACAGUGAUAAGCUUGCCAAGAAUGUCUUGGUAGUUGAUGUAGAUUCGGUAUGCACCAUCCAUCAUGUGAUUUAGAUUCUUACAGUUACUCCACACUUUAACCAUUAAUUCAUGUUUUGAUUGUAUCUGUUAAGAUUCUAGGUUAUUUAAUCAUGUAUAAAGAUUAUGUUAGAUAUAAUAUAUAUGUAAAUAUGGGCACUAUGUGGAAAGAAUACCAUUAAACUAGUCCACCAAGACCAUCUGAACCAAAUUACAGAUGUUGGUAUUUUAGGUUCACUGUUGUUAAACAAGUUGUUUUUUUCCAAUCAUUAGUUUAUCACACUCUUAUCAUUCGCUGUGUCAUUGGUGACGCAACUCAUUACGAAAGUAGUAGAGCCAUAACAGACACAACACAUAGUGUGCAAGAAAGCAGCAUUCCCUGUGGGCAUGAGGCUCGAAGAAAAACAGUCAAGUAUUUACAAUAUCACGUGCCUCAUUGGAUGAAUAUUUGUCUUCUGCUUGGCUUAGCACAUGUUGACUCCCUGAUGUGACCUUGAGAGGUCAUCUAUCUACCUCAUGAUCUUCCCAUGUUGGCCGGCACUUCGGACAAGAUGUACAAAAGUUGGCGUCCAUGGACUAUAAUAUUGAGGUGCUCCUAGUCCUUCCUGGCUGCAGGAACCUGUGGUUCAGACCAUGUCAACUUAGCUCUGUGCUGUUGAAGAACACAUACCUUGUUGUCCAGUCAGUAUAACAUUAUUGGAGAGUCAAGCGUUAGCUGCACUGAAUACUAAACUAUUGAUGGGAGUCCCAUAGAGUUCUUUGUGUUGUAUGCAUAGGUUGAUGCAUAAGGAAUCAUGAUUUUUAUUGUUAAAGCUCAGGUUGAAAACACAUGACUUUCAUUUCAACAUCAGUAUUGUUUUGGAGAUGAACUACACCAAUUAGUGCUGCAUGGCUGUCCUUGUAUGCCCUGUGAAAUGGGGGAGGGGGAGGGGGGAGGCAUGAUUUGGGCACGGGAGUACGCAACCUGACCAAAGAAAUGUAAUCAGUCAUGGGACUUAGUUGGGAGAUAGGAUACACAGCCUUACCAUUUUGCAAGGUGUACAGACCAAUGAAUGACGUGAACAGCUCAACACACAGUGAUGAGAGCCAUUUGUUAUCCUAUCUGCUGCAUAUAACUUUGCUUUUAGCAUGUGUAGUCUUAGCUUAGCCAUUUAAUUUAUGUUGAUUUUUAGCUUGGUCAGCUAAUUGUUAUGACUUUAUACCGAAUAGGUAUAACAAGUGUUACUAUAAUUUAUGAUUCUUCUCCUCGGUGCUCAUAAUUCAUUAUUAAUUAAUUUGUCAUCACUUGUAGAUGCUUACUGUAUAGCCACUGUCUACCAGAUUUGAAAUUGUGUUGUUCAAAUCCAAGAUGAUAAUAUGCAAUGAUUCAGCACUUUGUGCACGUCUCAAUUGACUUACAAUUAUUUGUUUAUUUCUCAAGCUUUAAUCUUUUCUGUUGUAUUGUGCUGAUUGUCUCCCCCUACGCAACUCUUCCUUACACAGCAGCUUGUUUGCCCUUUCAGCAUAAGAUAUAUAAUGCAUGUACGUGGAGCAAAAACCAGGUGGGGAAUGUUCGUGUCACAGGCUGAAUGGAGGGAGAAACACAGUCGAAAUAAUACCGGGUAAAUCUUAUCCUAGUAACUAUUUGAUUUUGUAUUGAUUUAGAAUAGUAUGAAAUACUGAUUUGACUUUCUGUUCCAUUCAGCCUUGUCAUGAAACAUACCUCUGUAAUUGGCGUACAUUCAUAGAAGGAAUUUGAUUGUUUAUGAAACACUCCAAAGCCAUCUUCAUCACCUGUCAUCUUGUUACGAUUUUCUACUCAGGGGAUAUUAAACAUAACUUCAUCCAGAGCUCAUUACCAAAGCAACCCUACCACUCUCAAAGACUUCGAAAUAUGCUCAUGUUCACGUUCCUGAUAAAUUUUGGGUGCAAGUACCAUUUCCCAGAUUGGUUAACAUGAUGAGAAGGUAGUUUGGUUUGCAUCAUUUAGAAACACUCAGAUUUCCUCAUCGAAUGUAUCAUAUCUACACAUAUAUCCUAUUUAUUUUGUUGUUAUGGAGAUCAGCCAGACUGGUUAUAUUCUGCAAGAGUAUACUUGUAUACACCUUUCUCUCCAAGUGUUUCACUAAGCGUCUACCUCAUGUUGGUUCACCAACAGUCUGUUUUGCAUAAAUACCCUUCACCCCUGUUGAUAUCUCAUGGUAUUUUUCUCACUGUUGCCAUAUGUCUCACGCAUGUUACUCAUUCAAAGGGAGAUAACUACAGUUUCCCUACAGUAUUACUCUUAUGCUGUUUCCUCUGAUAGCUCAAUAUCUGUUCAAAUCUGGGAGCAGAGAAAUGUACUAUUCCCCUGUACCGAUGAGUUUGGGUACCCUGACAAGUAUUAUAGCAUUCUGUGUUCUGUGUAUGUCCUCACAGAUUGGUUCUUUCAAGCCUGUGGUAAUCUUGCAUAUUCAACUGAACAGUUUAUGGCCUUUCCAGGUAUUUCAAAGACCAGAGAGAAUAUUGUUUUGCUUAACAGACAAUUAUGUCAUAGGCAUGCUCAGAUGAACAUGUUAAUUUGAUUGGAGGAAAAUAAUGUGAACACUUUUAACCUAAUGGUUGUUCAACCUGUAUCUGUUUGUGGAUAUUAGUGGGGAAUUAUGAAAUAUUUGUGGGCAGUUCGUCCAUUGUUUACCAAAGGCCAGUUCAGCACACUGUGCUGUUUGUUGUAAAUGUAUCAUACUGUUAGCACUCAGACACAAUCUUAUAACUAUAGCUUAUGAUUAUUGCUGAUUUCUGUUGAUUAAUUAUUGUAUAUUUGUAGCUUAAUUAAUUUAUGAAUUACUUUCUCAGUAUGCUUAGGCAUUUCACUGUAUGUAUUUUAAAGCAAUUAUCAAGCCAGUUUUGUCCUUGUUGUUGCAAGUGCAUUUGGGUGAUAAAAUAUAUGCAAUGCACCAAUCUGUCUUUGAACCCUUAAUCAGCUUUCACUCCACCUGCCUGCCCUUUUUUAUUUCUAAAGGGAGAUAACUCUCUCAGUGAGCUGUGUUUCGGAUGUUGACACACUGUUUAUUGCCUCAUGACUGAGUCCUCCCCUCUUUUUAUCCAUGUAUUUUUCUGCAACUUUUGAAGAUUUUUGUAUUGGGCAUUGAACAAGUUAAAUCUCCUUUGAGAAGAAAUCCAGACCAUUUUGAAACAUUGGCAUAUCAGAAAAUAACCUAUUUGACUGGCUGCAAGAACUUUGUAAAACUAUCAAAGGCAUAUUUCCUCUCUCAUCUCAUAUGCAACAUUCUAACAGUGGAUUUCAACCUUGCCUCAAAGACUAUAUGUAAAAAUUUACAUCCCAUAUAUACGUAUAAAUAUAUAUACAUAUUAUAUAUACAAUUGCCAUUGUUUUCACAUAUUGUAUGUUUCAAGUUCAUAAAUAACAGUAUUCUGAUAAUAUUUGAGCUUAUUUCCUCCCAACAAGCUUCAGAGAUGGGGUCCAGGGUUGCCAGUAAUGAUGAUGAAACAGUUUAGUUUGUUAAAGCCAGCCGACAAGGCCGGUUCUACACCGCUCACCCUGUGUACACACCGGAGAUGUGUUGGAGGGUGGGCCAGGUGUAGGUUCCAGGAUGUUCUAUUUAAUGUCAACAAAACACAAAGUAAAAAAACAUGUAAGGAAAAUAACAUCAUUUCUCAGAGUGCCAAAUGGUUAACAUGGUGGAGAACUACCCCCAGUCAAGUCGUGAAAGUGCCAUCUUGUUAGAUCUCAGCAUAUCAAUCAGUAUAGUCUAUUUCAUCUUACAAUUAAAAGAUCAAACAUUCCUGAAUUUAUUUGGAGAAAGUACUGUUCAUGUCGAUGACAACCAAUCAUUCCAAACUGUUAUCAGUAAAAUACAUUCAGUAGCAUUUUGUGAUCAAGUUGACACCGGUGAUUUGCUUCAACAGAUUACAAAGAUAUUGCUUUAUUCUAUUUCAUCACUAUUUUCACAACUAUACAUCUUAUUUCCGCACCUUAAAAUUUAUUUAGAAUCUUACCUUUGUACAGCCAUCUUAACUAAGUGAGAGGGACCAGCUCUCUGUUGUGGAUAUUGUAAACAUCAGCUGGGUAUGGGGUCAUCUUGAACCACCCUGGACGCCAUCUUGGAAACUAAACGGGUAUCUUAUUCUUGUACAUGGUGAUAAUACGAGGCUUGUUGGCUGGAAUGGGCUUGUGAUCUCAUAUGAUUACUGUACUUGGAUUAUGUGUUAAUUGUGUGCGAUUGGAGAAUGACUCGACUACAUCUGUACCCCUGGCCCUUUGUGUUUGUGCUGGUUGGGCCAGGACGAAACCAUGUUACCGUCUUGCACCACCAGUAUUUACCAAAGGACCAUUAGUAGUCACCCUAGGUGAGCCUCUCACAUAGUGUUAUUGCUACAUUCAUCAUAUCUGCAGUUUUGAUUGUAAUGACAGUACAUAUGUUCUUGCUCCGACGAUGUUAAGUGAACUUACCCGACAGGACAAGCUGUCCCAACCUCCAUUCCCCGCCUCCUGUUGUGGGGAGUGGCAGGGAGGGCCGUGUUCCUGUUUCACCUACAGCAGCCAUUGAUCCUUCUUAUUUUGUAGUCCCCGUUGUAGAUGUACAGAUUACUUCCUGUCUGUAGCAUCGGAUCAUUUCAUGAAUGUCAUGUGUUCGUGAGGAAUAAAGUCUGGUGUAUUGUCA